AAGACCGCCAUCACCUGGACCCUCCUCGCCCUGGCUGAGCUCACCGCCGGCCACAGUGUCAUCACCAACGCGGUUGGUGACUCUGGCGGCUCGGGUAUGGCCCUAGGCGUCGACAACACUACGCCCCGUGACGGCACGCGCCGUCGACCCUUCCAGCAGGAUGCCACCCGCUUCCGUGGUGACUCGGCCGAGACUGUCGGCGAGACCCUUGGCGGGGGUGACAACGAUGUCGAGGCUGGUACAUCAGCCAUCCUAGCUGAGACUAAUGAUGAUCUCCCCCAGGUCACGCAGGGCGGCGAGCUCACCAUGACACUUCAUCAGGUCAACAGCGACGGUGCUGGGCCCUAUACUUGUAUGAUCAACGAUGACGGCACUGGCCAGAGCUGGACCGACAUUACCGUCACGCAGAACGUUGAGGGCAACGAGCGUGGCCGUAACCGUGAUGGCGAGGCUUCUGACUUUCCCCUCGUCGCGUCUAUCCCCGCUGAUCAGGGAUGCACUGGCACUGUUGCCGGCCAGAACAAUGUUUGCCUUGUCCGCUGCCAGAACCCUGCUCGCGCCGGUCCUUUUGGCGGUGUUGUCCCUGUUCAGAUGGCAGGCGGCAACGCUGGGGGUGCG